UAAACGUUUAUGCUGAAAAGUCUUAUGAAUAACGGAGACGGCGGACGAUUUCACUGACUCAUCAAAGUUGUUGAUGAAGUGUACGGAAAGAGCCGAGUUUUAGCAAGGGUUAAUCAGCCGUCCAUCGCUGUUACAAGUCACAGCCACAGUAUGAAGGCGUUUCUGCUGAUUUGUGUAUUUAUCCAGCAUUCAUAUCAUGCUUACGGACAAUGCCCGAGUUCCCCUCUCUCGAAAGAGAUGAUAGAUGUAUGGAAUGAGCUCUCGGCUCUGUCGCGUGAAAUGGACGAUGAUAUUCACUUGUUGUCACAACCAUCAGACUCAUAUUUUAGCGUCACAUUAAGGGGAGGCAACCUUUGGAAUGGAGUAGUCAAUAUUUACGAGGACGGACGAUAUAAAGCAGUUUGUGACUGGAACUGGGCAAAGGCGGAAGCGGAUGUGGUAUGCAGAAGCCUCGGACUCGGGAAAUCUGCGCACUUCUCUCAAAUUAGCAUAGAUCAAGAGGUUCACCCUGUGAAAUUUGAUUGUGAUGGAUGGGAGAGAACGUUGGGGGAAUGUCGCGUGAUCAACAAAACCGGGAAGGCCUGUCAAAAUGGAAUCCGAGUCUCGUGCGACAACACCGAGUCUGGAAAUCGCGAAACACGGGAGUGA